AUGAAUUAAGAAGAUAAAUAGAGUCAGGAUAGCAUUAACGAAAAACAAAUAGAAAAUAAUCUCAAAGACCUACUCGAGAGAAUAUUGCUUAAUGCUGAUAAAUUCAUUGAUACUAAAGAAGAACUUAAUUAAAUAGAGGGAGAACUGAAAGAUUAUGAAAAUUUAUCCCAUUUGAUUGGGAUUAUAAAAGCAGUAUUUACUAAUAUGAUGAUGAAAGUAGAAAAAAAAAUUUCCAAAUUAGAAAAAUAAUUAGAUCCUAACCUUUCUUAAACAUAUAGCAUGAGGACAGAUGAAGAAUAUGAAAAAUUAGAAUAAACAAUGAUAAAAUAUGAAGUAGAAAUACGUAAUCACAUCAGGAUUGAAUAACAAUUAAAAUUAUAUGCUGAGUCAAUUUAAACUAAAUUAGACGAAAGCGAAAUGAACAGAACUGAAUUAUUGAAUACAACAAAAUAACUAAUUAGCAAUUUAAAAAGAGAAAAUUAAACAUAUCAUGAAGUCUAACAGAAGCUCAAAAACGAAAUAGUGUGCUUAAAACAAAUUAUUAGCGGUUUGGAAAAAGAAAAUAGAAGAAAAUCCUUAGAUCUAAGUCAAAGAGACCAUAUAAAAUUAUAAUGUAAAGCUAAUUAAUAAUCAAUCAGCUAAUCAUUUCAACUUUAAAAAUAAAACCAUGAAAAAUCUCUCUAAGAAAAUAAGGGAAUCUUUAAAUAAAAUUAAAAAUGCAUAACUACAGAAAACAAUGAGAUACCAAUCAAUUCAUAAUAAUCUUUGAAAUAAAACUAUUAUAAUAUUAUCAAUUAGGGAAAUACAGCAAAUAAGGUUGACCUUUAAAAAGCUACAUAAUAAAAGGAAGUUAAUCGAGCGUAUGGGUAAAGAUUAAGAAGCAAAAAUAAUUCUCUAUCAAACAUUCAAGAUGUAAUACAAAGUGUCUCAGUACAAGAUAGGAAAAAGUGUAUAAAUAGCUAGACGAUUUCAAAAAAUAGCUCAUAAGAUAAUAGUUAAGUAGUUAAAUAUAAAGAACCUGCCGAUUUAAGCAGAAGUAAAAGCUCUAGAAGAGGUAAUUUGGGUUAAAAAUUAAUUAUUGUGGAAUCUUAAAUCAAAUUAACAUGCUGA